UGAGGCGGUGGUCGGGCCCAUGGGCGGGCCCCGCCGCUCCCGAUGGGAGCCUAUAUAAGUUGACUCGCGGCCGUGGAAACGUGACUCUAUAAUACAGAAUCGCGUUUGCUUCACCAACGACGAGACAUGCAUCUUCCUGUGCUGUGUCUCUUGUUUUGCGUUGGCCUUGCAUUCGCCCAGCACAAUCAAUACGUGACCACGCCGGUGCCCAUUUUGAAGCAAAUAAACAAACACAACGAAGAUGGCAGCUAUAGUUAUGGAUACGAGGCAGCUGAUGGUUCUUACAAAAUAGAAUCGAAAUAUCCAAGUGGCGAAGUGUAUGGAAAAUAUGGAUUCGUUGAUGAUACUGGAAGUAUUCGAGAGGUCGAAUAUGGAGCAUCCCGACGUGGUUUCGAGCCAGCUGGUCCCGGAAUAAACGUACCUCCACCGACCCUGACCGGUAAUAGCAUUGCUAAUCCCAAUGCGCCUGACGACGAUGGUCAAUACAGGGAAGAUCCUUCUGUUUACUAUACCGAUCCUCGGUAUACUAAUGGAGAACGUUACGAACCGAUUCCUCGUCAACCCUUGGCCUACAAUCCACCGAAACCAAUUCCAGCACCGAUUUAUAAUCCACCCAGACCACCCCCACAGGUGCAAUAUCAACCAAAGCCACAAUACCAGCCACAAUACCAACCACAAUACCGAUCACAAUAUCAACCGCAAUAUCAGGGCCAACAACAGUCUUCCUAUCCUAGCUCACCGAUUCAAAGCGGAGUGCAAGGUCGUCCAGCACCCAACGUGGAUCCCAAUGCUGGCUUAGCUUCUUACACGGUUAAUUACAGGCGAUAGGGAUCACUUUGAUCCCGCCACAAUGUGUAAAUAUUGCGUUAUUUAUAAUGAUUUCCGGGACGCGUUGCAUAGAUCGUAGUUAGAGCCAGUUGUCACCUUUUAAUUAGACCCUGACAAUGAGUCUUUUUGCAAAAGUGUAUUUAAAGUGUUACUGUUUUUCUUUUUUCUUAGGAAAAGUUAAUAUUUGAAGGGCGUUUUUUAUAUUAUAAAAUAUUUUAAAUACUUCACGUUUUAUUUUCAAAUUUAUAAACUAUUCUUCCCUUACAAAUUGUUUCACAUUUGUAUCACGUCCUUUAAAUAUUAACCAAUUAGAAAUAUUUUUUGUUGAUCAAUUUUAUGCACUAAGAACAUUUCAUUCCAUUAUUGUUUCAGCUUCAUAUAGAUAAUGGUACUAUAAUUAAGAAACUUCUAUGAUAAGAUCUUAGCAGUCUAUGUUCUCGGUAAUUCUAAUAGUUUUUCUAUUUAGAACACAUUGUGACAUCAUAUACGAUUCCUCUGCAAAAUUCUACCUCCUUUUCAUCCCUCUACCUCUUCUCUUACCAGUUCUCUUUAUUUACUCUUCUACCUCUUGAGACUUCAUAAUUUAGUAAUCUAAUUACAUGUACACUUUUCACAGUUUACAUUAGCAUUACACGUUUCGAAUACUCUUAUGUUCCGUGUAAUUAUCUUGUGAUAAAAUCGUAUUUUGCACUCUAUCGUGGCUGCAUCCCCUGUUUAAACAUAUGCACUACAUCUUCAAGGUAAAAUAUAAUAAUGUGUAAACAUGUAACAUUAAAAAGCAACGUCCAUUUUUGUGUUACAAGUAUUUAUUAAUUUGGAAGAAUUUAUCUAACGUUAUUAUCAAAAUUAAUCCUUCAGCAUCAUUUUCUUCAUCCUUUAUUAGAACCUGGCGACCAUAGCUAUCAAUGUUCCAAAAUUUCUCAAAAAUAAAAUAAUUGCGACCAUCAUCGAACGUAAAAAAUAAACGAUCGUUAAAAUCUAUAUAAUACACAGAAAUUUAUAAUUGAUACACUUCAAAGGUGCAUUACACCUUCCAGAUAAAAAUCCAAAACAGAAUAUCGAUCGACGACCACCUUUUGCCUGGUAUGCGCACACAAAAUGGAAUCCUGUUCUUAUUAAUCAUAACUGCGAAUGAAAUGUGAACUUGACACGUCGCUAAAAAAAUCGCGAUAUUGGAAUAGCUUUGAACGGCCUUCGAAUAAUAUCGAGAGACGGCUGUAAACGACCCGUUCAUCGUCCUACGUAGGCGAUCCACCUUCGAGGAUCGCUGUUAUCCUCGCGAGAUUCCUGCUCGAUGAACAACAUAUUGCAGGACAUUUACAUUCCAUUUCAGUCACUUCCUUUUCAUAACGAUUUACGAGAACAAUGAAUGCAUUGCGUAGGCUAACCGACUAUCUUCAAACAUUUUUUCGAUUGUGAUGAAUGGUAUGAUGAUAGGGUUGUAAUCCAAUGGACAUUUAUGAAUCGAGGUUCUCUAAGCAAUUUAAAUGCCUGAAUAAAAAGGGGAUGCAGUUGCGUUUGUUAUUCAUGUAACUUCAAUUUAUCUAUUGUAUUCAUUGUUUUGUGGUAAUUUAGCGUAUUGGAUAAUAAAGUAUUUAUGCAGAAA